UGGGUAUUUUUGGGGCUCCCCCCCAGACAUCAUCCACAAGUUUAUCCGGGAUAAAUAUUCCAAGAGAUUCCCGGAGCUGGAGUCGCUGGUUCCCAACGCCCUGGAUUACAUCCGCACCGUCAAGGAAUUGGGCAAUUCCCUGGAUAAAUGCAAGAACAACGAGAACGUUCAGCAGAUCCUGACCAACGCCACCAUCAUGGUCGUCAGCGUCACCGCCUCCACCACCCAGGGGCAGCAGCUGUCGGAGGAGGAGCUGGGGCGCAUCGAGGACGCGUGUGACAUGGCGCUGGCGCUGAGCGGGGCCAAGCUGAGGAUUUACGAGUACGUGGAGUCCCGGAUGUCCUUCAUCGCCCCCAACCUCUCCCUCAUCCUCGGGGCCUCCACCGCCGCCAAAAUCAUGGGUGUGGCAGGAGGCCUGACCCCGCUGUCCAAGCUGCCUGCCUGUAACAUCCUCCUGCUGGGGGCCCAGCGCCGAACGCUCUCCGGCUUCUCCUCCACCUCCGUCCUGCCCCACACGGGAUUCAUCUACCACAGCGACAUCGUGCAGUCCCUGCCUCCUGUGAGUCACAAAAUCCACCUGAAAUAACCCAAAAUCCAAAAA